AUGGGAGAGACGGACGAGGCGGUUCGCGAGCUGCAGGUGAAGCAGUACGAGCUUUCCAAAACGUUUAAAAGCCUGAAAAAGCUUGGACUAGAAGGCGACUGCGAAAUUCCCCAGCUCGUUAUCGUCGGUAUGCAGUCUUCGGGGAAGAGCUCUGUCUUGAAGAGAAUUUCUCGCGUCCGUCUUCCAACGGACAACACGCGAUCAGUGACAGAGAUUAUACUGCACCGACGACUCUCACCGGACGCGAAGAUCACAUAUAAAUCUCUCUCAUCAAAAAGUGGCCAGGAAACUCUUCUCACUAGCGAUGUCAAGCCAGAAGAGCUCGCUGUUAACAAUUUGUUUCCAGUGAUUGGAAAGAUUCACAAAGACUUCCUGAAGGAGAAGGCCAACGUGACACCGAAAGGCUAUGUGCUUAAAAUUGAGAUUGCCGGUUCUAAGUGUCCUGACAUGACCUUGAUCGAGCUUCCAGGACUUCGCAUCCCUGACAAAGGCGAAAGCUAA